AUGAACUCUAAAAUCAUUUAAAAUAGCGCCAAACUUUUAUCUUAAGUUUAAUCUUAAUCUUUCAGCAAACAUAAAGCAUUAAAACCUCCAGUUAGAGUUGCUGUUACAGGAGCUGCCGGAAACAUUGGUUAUGCUACAGUUUUCAGAAUAGCUUCUGGUUAAUUAUUAGGACCAGACUAGCCCGUAAUCUUACAAUUGAUCGAACUUCCUUAGGCAUAAAACGCUCUUAAAGGAGUAGCUAUGGAACUUAACGAUUGUGCCUUCCCAUUACUCUAAGACAUUAUUUUAACUGACAACUAAUCAAUAGGUUUCAAAGAUGCUGACUACGCUUUAUUAGUAGGUUCAAAACCAAGAGGCAAAGGGUAAGAAAGAAGUGACUUAAUUAAGGACAAUGGAAAGAUUUUUGUUGACACUGGAAAAGCCAUAAAUGAUAAUGCCAACAGAAAUAUAAAAGUUAUUGUUGUAGGAAACCCUGCUAAUACAAACUGUUUAAUUGCUUCUCAUUAUGCUAAAGAUAUUCCUAAAGAAAACUUCACUGCCAUGACCAGACUCGACCAUGAUCGUGGACUUACUUAAAUUGCUCAAAAAUUAAAAUGUCAUGUUGAUGAUAUUCAAAAUUUCUGUAUUUGGGGCAAUCACUCUCCAACUAUGUACCCUGAUCUUACACAUGCUACUGUACAUGGAAAACCAAUUAAACCUUAAUUAGAUGAUACAUGGAUUAAUAGUUAUUUCAAUCCUAAAGUACAAAAAAGAGGUGCUGAAAUUUUAGAUGCUAGAGGACUUUCUUCUGCUGCCUCUGCUGGUAAUGCUGCCAUUGUUCAUGUAAGAGAUUGGGUUUUGGGAAGUCAUAAACAUUGGAAAUCUAUGGCAGUACAUACUGAUGGAUCUUAUGGAGUACCAAAAGGAUUGAUAUUCUCUUUCCCUGUUACUACCGAAAAUGGAAACUAUAAGAUUGUCUAAGGAUUAAAGGUGGAUGCUUACUCUUAAGCUAAAAUUGAUGUAACUACUAAGGAAUUAUUAGAAGAAAGACAAGCUGUUGAACAUUUACUUAAAUGAAAUUAAUUAAAAGAGAGAAAAUAUAUUAAAAACUAUAUUUUAAUUUUUUAUAUUUCUUAUCAUUUAAUUUUAUUUUUGAAAUAAAUUUAGAAAUUGUGAAUUUAUAAAAAUA